AUGCAGUACAACAAAAUCUCUAACUUAACCGGGCUUCCACAGUCCAACAAAUUAUCCAUUUUGACUUUAAAUAAUAACCACAUCUUUGACGCAAAUCAUCUCAGCAACGUUCUUCGUCCUUUCUCAGACUCUUUGAAUUCCCUAUCUCUGUCAUUUAACCAUCUCAGCGCAAUACCCGAUUUGUCAUUUCUGUCACAGCUAAAUGCCUAUGAUUUCUCUAACAAUCAAAUAUCCGAUCCAAAUUCAGGCGCUGGUAGCGAAAUUGUCUCGUCAGCUGACUUCAGCUACAACCUACUUCAGUCUGUACCUGUUAUUUACAGAAGUCUAAAAUCAGUGACAAUCAUGUUAUUGCCCCAUAACCUUAUUCACAGACUGCAGGACACAGACAUUCCUUACUGGGUAGUUAAUCUAGAUCUUGAAUACAACCUCAUAACAGAGUUAACUGACACCAGCUUUCCUGCUAACUCGUCCCUUCUAUUCUUAACCCUGGAUAACAAUCCAAUCAAAUCAAUUUCUAGUCUGGCUUUCAAAAAUCUACAUUCUCUAGAGAGUCUGACAAUGCAGGACACGAAAUUAACCCGUCUACCAUUGACCCUGGCGCAUUUAACAAGCAUAUCUUAUAUCAGUCUUAGCUAUAAUCCUGAAUUGGUUUGUACUUGUCUGGAGAAGGGUGUAGGGAAAAUUGCACCCUAUGUCGAUAUGAGUGGAAUGUGUGGAAUCGUCAGUAUUUACAAUUUCUUAGUAGAAUUGAGUCCUGGAUGCCCACAGAUGUAA